AUGUUGGGAAAAGAUGAGAACCCAUCAAUAUUACUCGUGGAGCAUCUGAGUAUAACAGAUGCACUGGAGAUGAUGAAGCAGGGUGUGAAGCGACUCCUUGUUCCUAAAAGCUUAGUGUGGAGAGGAAUGAGCAAACGAUUCUCAAUUCUAUAUAAUGGAAAGUGGCUCAAGAACAUCGACACGUCUAGCGGCAAUAGUAAUAACUCAUUUGCCAGCAGCAAUCGUCCUUCCUCAUCUUCCACCACCAUCAUCCGUGACAAGUUCUGUUGUCUAUCAAGAGAGGAUGUCAUUCGUUUUCUCAUUGGUUGCCUUGGUGCCUUAGCUCCUCUCCCUCUCUCCUCCAUCUCCUCCCUCGGUAUCAUCAACUGGAACUACAGCUCCAUUGAAGCAUCUCACCCAGCCAUUGAAGCCACCCGAAAGCUUCCCCAGGACCCCAGUGCGGUGGCAGUUGUGGAACCCACUUCAGAUGGUCAAUAUAAGAUCAUUGGCGAGAUCUCGGCUACAAAAUUAUGGAAAUGUGAUUACUUGGCUGCAGCAUGGGCUUUAGCCAAUUUCUCUGCAGGACAGUUUGUUAUGGGGGUUGAAGACAUGACUUCAAGGUCAGUACCUGAUUUUGCUGUUAACCCUAUUGUUGGAGAUAAUAAUUUAGUUAAUGGCGGUGGAUCAAUGAGGCCGAGAAAGUUCAGCAGUCGGAAUAUUGGGUUCUUUAGCAAUCCGGCAAGCCCGAGUUUCGGUGUGGGUAGGAGCAUGUAUCGGGGUAGAAGUGCACCCUUAACAUGUAAAGUUACGAGUUCAUUAGCUGCAGUCAUGGCUCAGAUGUUAUCUCAUCGGGCAACCCAUGUUUGGGUGACUGAAGCUGAAAAUGAGGAUGUUUUGGUUGGGGUUGUAGGUUAUGCUGACAUACUAGUUGCUGUGACCAGGCAACCUGCUGCCACCAUUCCUGAAACUCCAGCACCGUGA